GAUGCAGACAGUUAAUCCGUAGCCGACUCUCAAAGCGCCGUGCGUCUAGGAGGUGGUCUACCGACAUCCGAGAUGUAGUUGCCUAAGGUAUGAAGUACCUAGGUACUUAGAGUUUUCCUGGAGUUCCGUGUACGUACUGGAAAGUAUGACGACGUCUGAUUGGGCAAUCGCCUCGCCCACUGUAAGAAACGCGUCUCGCAUCGCGCCGCUCCCUUCAUUCUCAACCGCGACUUUAAGUGGCACCGUACGGUAUCAGCUACCUACGGUAACAACGAUCUUCUAGUUUCAUAGCCUACCAGUCCAUACCCCAGAUGACAUGACCCGAGGGCGAACCACAAGCUAGUCUAGGUUACGGCUGCAUCGAGGAUUGCGAAGCAAAGAUAAUAGAAUAACAAUGUUCUCGAAUGCCACCAUCAAAGCCAUCGAAUCCAGCACAGUCCAUCAAAUCCAGUCAGGCCAGGUCAUUGUCGACCUCUGCUCGGUGGCAAAAGAGCUCGUCGAGAACAGCAUCGAUGCUGGAGCAACUGCAAUCGAGGUGCGCUUCAAGAACCAGGGUUUGGACUCGAUCGAGGUUCAAGACAAUGGAUCUGGAAUCGCACCCCACAACUACGAGUCCGUUGCCCUGAAGCACUACACCUCUAAGCUUGCGAGCUACGAUGAUCUCUCCGAACUGCAGACGUUUGGCUUCAGAGGCGAGGCAUUGUCUUCGCUCUGCGCGCUGUCGCGCUUCUUCGUCGUGACGUGCACGCAGGAGGAAGCACCCCGUGCCACCAGGCUCGACUUUGAGACCUCGGGGAAGCUUAAGAGCACCAGCGUCGUCUCGGGCCAAAGGGGCACCACAGUCAUCGUCGAGGACCUCUUCCGCAGCCUGCCCGUCCGCCGCCGGGAGCUGGAGCGGAACAUCAAGAGAGAAUGGGGCAAGGUGAUCAACCUUCUAAACCAAUAUGCUUGUGUGCAAACCGGAAUCAAGUUCACCGUCUCGCAGCAGCCCACCAAGGGCAAACGAAUGGUCCUGUUCUCGACGAAAGGGAACCCCACCACCCGCGAGAACAUCAUCAACGUGUUUGGCAUGAAGACCAUGAACGCUCUGAUUGCGAUGGACCUCAAGCUUGAACUGGUUCCCACGACUGGCCCGCUUAACAAGGGAAAGUCUCGGGCAGACGGCAGCGCCACCGAGGUCCGCGUCGUCGGCCAUAUUUCACGGCCGGCGCAUGGUGAAGGCAGGCAAACUCCAGACAGGCAGAUGUUCUACGUCAACGGCCGCCCUUGUGGCUUGCCUCAGUUCGCCAAGGUCUUCAACGAGGUCUAUCGAUUAUACAACAGUUCCCAGUCGCCGUUCAUCUUCGCCGAUAUUCAACUCGACACCCAUCUUUACGACGUCAACGUCAGCCCGGACAAGCGAACAAUCUUGCUGCAUGAUCAAGGCCAGAUGCUGGACAAUCUGAGGGAGUCGUUAAUCGAACUAUUUGAGACGCAGGACGUGACAGUCCCUAUCACCCAGACCGCCGCAUUGAAGCCGACUCCCCCAAAGAAAACAGUCGGCGGUGGUUUAGGGACACCUGCUCCAGUUCAACCCGGAAGCAGCAGGUCAGCCACUGUGGCACCUCAGCGACGAUCCGAAGCAAGUUCACCAAUCCGCCACAGGAAAUCGAUUGAGGACGAUGGCGAGAUCGGCGGUGAAGAGGAUAUCCAGGAGAAUGUGGGCCAGGAGAAUGUGGGCGCUGAGGAAGGGGACAGUGGACCACGGGCCAGGACGCAAUCGACCCAUAAACCCGCGAGUUCCGUUCAAAAUGUGACACUGCUAUCACGCUGGCUUGCGAAGACCACGGACGGUAGAAAGCCUCCUGACAUUGCAGGUCCAGACGCCCGGCAACCGGCAGAAACCGCUGUCGGCGACAUGCUGGUAUCGACCCCGAUGACCGCAAGGAUAAGUCAUCAGCCGAAGAACGCUACAGCCGAAGAGCCGGCAUCAUUAGUAGAAGGGGCCGAAGACGAACCUGAGGACGGCCAAGCUAGUCAGAACAAGAACUCCCUUGCCUGCUCCACAAGCCCCGAGUGGAUAAAGGACCCUAGGCCGGACGAUGCGAAGUUUCGGAGACUGAGUGGGAGCCUGGCAGUGGAGGAAGAUGAGCCUGAGUCACCCGUUCCUGCGAUUGCUCCUCCGUCGCAACCGCCAGCACCGAGACACAAUCCUAUCGGUACCGCUCGCCCCUUCAAUCGCUCUACGCAGGAAGUGGCAACGAUCACGAUCGGAGAUGACACCGUGACAAGCUUGGUCGGAAACCGCGCCAAACGGCCCAGGGUGGAGGAAUCCUCCAAUCCCACCAAGUCGAUCAAUGCUGGCAAAGCGGGACAGCAGAACGUUGUCUUGCCAUCCUUUGGUGGCCGGCUCUCUCAGUUGUUCUCCGCCUCUGCUCGUCCCGGUGAAGGCACGGCAGACGGGACCGGGGUUGUGACCGAGGACAUUGAUCAGGACAGACAACUGGCUGAUCAAGGAGACGGGGAAGAAGCGGACGAACAAGGCGAGGAGGACGAGGAGGAUUCCCUUUUCGUGUCCCAGCCUGAACGUAAACCGACUGGGGACGAAGAUGUUCAACGGAGUGAGGAGCUUCCUGUUGGAGAUCAGGUCCCAGGUACAGAACAGGUCGAGGAUGUGGAAGCCCUCAGUCGUCCUGACAGUCCGCUAAAUUCUGAUGAGCAUCCGGAAUCAUGCCAUGAUGAUCAUCCUGCGGAGGACACGGAGUACAUGGACGAAGAUGAGAAGAGAGCCCGAAAAGAUAGGAAGGUUCAGGCGAUGAUAGAUGCCGCCGAGGCUGCAGCAACUGAAGUUACAGAAGGAGAAAAGCGUUCGCAACUGUUUAUCAAAGGACGCGCGAGGCGGAAAGAUAUGACUGCUAACCUGGUUCAGCAUGUCAAGACCAACGAGGGCGACAUACAACAACGCAUCGCAGCUCUCAAAAAGCACCUGCAACCGCCCCGCUCCAAGGCCAUGAAGACUAAGAGUUCGGAGGGCCUUGAGGCGGAAGACGCCGAGGAGAAGCUCUCGCUCAAAAUCACCAAAUCCGACUUUGCAAAGAUGAAGAUCAUCGGGCAGUUCAACCUCGGCUUCAUACUCGCCGUCCGCGAAGCCGCAUCCUCGACCGAGGAGACCCCGCAGAACGAGGACGAUGAACUCUUCAUCAUCGACCAACACGCCUCCGAUGAGAAAUACAACUUUGAGCGCCUCCAAGCGUCGACAACGGUGCAGUCCCAACGCCUCGUCCAGCCCAAGACGCUUGAACUCACCGCGCUCGAGGAGGAGAUCAUCCUGGAACACCAGCCGGCCCUCGAACGCAACGGCUUCCUCGUGCAGGUGGACACCUCGGGCGACAAGCCGGUCGGCUCCCGCGUGCAGCUGCUGAGUCUGCCGCUCAGCCGGGAGACGACCUUCUCCGUGUCCGAUCUGGAGGAGCUCAUCGUCUUGCUGGCGGAUAACCCGACGUCGAGCGCGACGACGAUACCGCGGCCGAGCAAAGUGCGCAAGAUGUUUGCCAUGCGCGCGUGCCGGAGCAGUAUCAUGAUCGGCAGGGCGCUGUCGAGGAGCCAGAUGGAGAAGGUGGUUAGACAUAUGGGGGAGAUGGAGAAGCCUUGGAACUGUCCGCACGGCAGGCCAACAAUGAGGCAUCUGUGUGGGCUGGGCGGGGCGUGGGAUGAGAGGGUAUGGAUGGAAGGGGAUGGGUUUGAUGAGCGCGGCGGGAGGACGGAUUGGGUUGGGUGGGUGAAAGAGAAGAGAUCAGUCGAGUAG